ACACCCAAGGAACAAAGGUCUGCACAGGGCAUUGUCACGCCCUAAACGACUGAGACCCUCGUGGCCCCACAAGCUGACAGAAGUCCGCAUGGCAAUGCAAGCGCCUUCAUAUUUAUGGCCCUGAUAAGCUGUCGUACUGAUAUCACGUUUGUUGAACAGCUGAUGACAGAAUGUUGAAUCUAGAGAUCUACAAAUAGGCCAAGCUAGUGCUGACGUUCUUCCGCGUUUUAGACGCAAGUAUUUCUUACCAUUGGAGAAUGACAGUGACACAAGGUUAUUCAUGAUGCUGAUCUCUGUCGUACUUGUCACUGGCAGGGGAGGCCAGCAUUCACUUUCGUUUCGCUGUACGACGAUGCGAUUCAAACGAAUAUGAUCAUUGCUGCGAAAUGUAGAACCGGGAAAAAAAGUUAAAUCAAAACUACACAACUACUGAUAAAUCAACAUACGUCGGCAUUAACAACAGGGGCUGCACAAAAUCCAGGAAAUGAGGACCCAUUAAACAUCAUCCCUUGAGAGCUUCUCAUCUACACUCCCUGACAAACAACGAAGAUGUCAUCAUGUCCGAUCUCAUCUCUGCUGCCAAAAAUGGUUACCAUGACAAUGUGGAGAAUCUGCUGAGCUUGGGAUCGUCCACGGAGGCCUGUGACAAAGACGACGCUACAGCGCUUUACUGGGGGGCAUGUCGGGGCCAUUGGAAGAUCUGCGAAACACUGCUGAAAUCUAGGUGUAGAAUUGAUGCCAGGGUCAAGUGGGGAUCAUCUGCCCUUCAUGCUGCUGCCGACCGAGGUCAUCUCAACUGUGUGAACAUACUCGUCACCUGGGGAGCCAAUCUGAAUCUUCAAAACAACCGGGGAGACACUCCACUUCAUCUUGCGGCAUAUAGAGGCUUCGCGGACAUAGUUGAUGCAUUCAUCGCUGCAGCAGCUGAUCCAUUUGUUCAGAACGAGUCGUGUAAAACACCACUGCAGGAAGCUGUGAGUCGGUGCCAUACCCUGGCUGCCUCCAAGCUGCAACAGUACAUGGCCAGUCAACAGAUAUUCAGUUCACUGCCAAACUCUGGUCCUAACUCGGACUGUAUGGACAUUUAUCAAUCCAUGGCACCAACGUCAUGGCCAAAGACAAAAGAUUUCUCCUUCAUCCCAAACAUUAGAGACAGCACAGCACCUGAAACAUCAAAGAUUAUAAACAGUUUCUCUAACCCCCAUACCUCCCCCCGAAGUCUGAAGCCCAUUUGUCAGGUGCCGCCAUCUAUUGGAAACAGUGGCCAAAGGUCUAUGGAAGCCCAAGAAAACACUGAAGCCUCCAACCACACAAAACCACUGGAUGCUGUUAAUGGGAGAUGGAGGAAAGAGACCAAUGGAAGCUGUCUGCUACAGACACCUCACCAUGACUACCAUGAGACCCCUGAGGCACCAACGGCUGCUCCCAAGAUGGCAGUCACCAGAAGCAAAAGCAGCCAUGAUGACACAUGUGCGCUUGAAAACUUUGCCGAAUCCUUGCAGCUGGAGCUUGUGAAAUACAGUGAAAGGGUUCUCAAGGUGGAGCAGAGCAAUGUUCAGUUGCAGAACAAAGUCAGAGAGAUGGAGAAGCUGAACAGGGAGUUACUAUGGCAACAAGAACAGAAGUCGAAAGACUUACAAAAUACACGGGAAAUGCUGGCUACAGAAAGAAGAAAAAACUUUGAGGUUGUGAAACAGCAGAAGUUGAUUGCCCGGAGCAUGUCAUCCUCCAUGGACAUGAUGAGGAUGGAGAAUGGCAGGAACUCAGGAGGAGGCUAUCCACAGAGAGACUUCACCCAUAAACAUUUGCUGACAUUCAUGAAAACCCAUAACAGUGAUAUGUGCAAUAGCAGGUCGAUGCUGGACAAUCUCAGGGGACACCUGCAGACUGUGUGGUUACCGCCUGCCAGUGUGUCAAAGAUGGACUCCAAUGUGGAGUGGGUGCCUGGGAUGGACUAUGACAUCAUUGGUGACGGGCCACUCAAUCAUGUCAAGGAUGGUGUCCGAAAUGGCUCGUGCUCGCUUGUCUUUCAGAUCAGACGCAAUGCCACCAUGUUCAUUCUCAAAAUGAUGGUAAACCUUAUAAAUCUAGACUUCACAAACCACGAUCAGGGCUGCAGUCUAGACGGGUAUUUAAUCCGGAACUUCGGACCUGAGUACCAUGUACCUCUACUACUCUCCAAACAUCGGAAUAUUGUCAGUGUUAUGCAUUAUUAUCAAGGCUCCACCGACCAGUUCCGGAGGUAUCAAGACCUUCUUGUUCCCUCCAACCUGGAUGUCCCACUGGAAAUGGCAACACGGACCUCUUUCCUAGUUUUAGAAAGCUACCCCCAGACCCUCCUGUCUUUCAUGGUGAACCAGCGGACCAUAUGUCCAGAGCCGUGCUACGGUUUGCCAAACGUUUUCCUCCUCCUCCUGCUAUACCAGAUGCUGUCUGUGAUUGACUUCCUGCAGUGUAACCAUAUCGUGCACAGAGACAUCAAAGGAGACAAUGUGUUCUUAGACAAGUGUUUACGGCCUGUGCUGGCUGAUUUUGGAUUUGCACGGUCUUUGUAUACAGCGCAGGGCCUGAAGCAGGUGUUUGUGGACAAGACCCAAGCUUGUGCUGGAAACUCAAAUGCCUGGGCUCCUGAACUGACACGCUUUCAUCACAAUGGACCAGAAUCCUUGCCUCAUCUUACCUCCCUGCAAGAAGUAUACGCCAAAACGGAUGGUUUUGCUGUGAGUCGCAUGUUCUACAGCUUGCUGCGCCCUCUGGGGGACAGAGAUGACUUCCCACAGUCCUCAGUGAACAAGCCCCACUAUUUUGAUUCUGCUAUCCCUGACUUGCCUGUGGGCUUUUCCCAAGGCCUGUGUGAUGUACUCAAACAGUUGGUGCUGGACGACCCACAACACAGGCCCACAGCCAGGAAGGCCAUGAUCAGGGUGGGUGUGAUGCUGUUUGCCCCAGCACCUGGGGAGGUGGAGUCCCUGUGUGAUGUCUCACCCUAUCUGGAAGCGCGGGCUCUCAAACUCCUGGCAGUCAACAGGUGUGGCAAUGAGCAGGAGAGAGUGAUGAAUGUAGAAGAAAGUAUAGCAUUCUUGUCACCCGAGGUUGAAGCAAGUCUUCUUGUCAAUGUCACAGCUCAAGAAUUUUGGGAAGAAUUUGUGGAUUUGAAGGACACGAAUCUCCUCACAUUGCGAAAUGCUGUUUGAAGAAGAGAAUGCUUGUUUUUCUUAGUAAAAAAAUCUAUAACUAAACCUUAUAGCAUGUCAUCAGGCUUUUUUUGUCCAUUAAUUUGUUUUAUUUUAUAUACGUAAAUUGAACUUAGUGACAAUUAUUUGUGCCAUAUUUAUUUGUAAAAUGUGUACAACAUAAAAACAGGUUUAUCUUAGAAACAUAGAUGAAAUGACUUUACAAUUAAUGGCUGUGCUUACAUGUGUGAUGCCAAACUCGUGUGUAUGUGUGUGUAUGUGUGUGUAGGUGUGUGUAGGUGUGUGUAGUAGUUCUAUUCUUUGUUACUGUCAUUUUAACAACCGUGCUUCACAGGUAAGGUCGAUACUGACUGAGUUGCAUGUUAGAUGGAAGGAUAUUUUGGUUGGGGUGUUUGGGGAGUUUUGUAUCAGGUUUUACUAAAAAAUAUGAAUUCUUAAUAUUCUGAAAAAUAUGUGUUGUGAAAAAAUGUUUAUUUGUUGAACUUCUACAAAGAUUUGUUUGUUUUGAAGCAGUGACCAACAAAGUUUCAUCUCUCACAAAUAACCCAGGCCUCCCUACAAAGAAUGUUUAAUGGUCUGCCCCGAAGCUAAGUUAUUCAACAAACACAAAAUACAUGCUUUAUACAAGAAAUAGUGUCCAGGAAGAAAGUGUGUGUGGUGGGGUGCUGAUGAUAAUAAGAGAGUUUGAGAAGUCUAUGAAAUCCAUUGACUGUGCUUGUACUGGUAAUUACACAAUUAAGUAUUCACACAUUGGUCAAAUGAUGAAAAGUGAUACCAUAGAUAUAUGACAACUAACUGUUUAAUUGGUUUUCUCUCAUUUGGAGCUUGACGGAAUGAUGUCAAAUGGUAUCAUUUCAAUAAUUCAUGAAUCUAAGCAUUGGAGGGUUGUCUUUGAACGUUCUUGAAAUUUAUCAUCCGUCCAUAUGAACAUGAAUCCAGCUACUGACAGAGAGAUACUCAUUAAGCAGGUCUCAACACUAAACUACUGUCAGAAAUGCUCGAAAAAUCAGAUUUAUUCUAAGUCCAAUGAAGGAAGUCUGAAAAAGACUGGAAAUAGUCGCAUGUGACAGUUAUCAUCAUAAUAAUGUAGUCAGUGCACAGGCCGGUGUGAUGUCAUUACCUCGGGACAGGUGUUAGGCAAUUACUAAGGCUGUUUCAUACAUUAUAACAACAGGAAUAUUUUCUAAGUUUAGCAUAAUUUUACCUUUUAAGGCUAAUCACAGUGUCAGUUAGAAGAGUUGGUUGGUUGGUUGGUUUGUUGUUUAACGCCGCACUCAGCAAUAUUGCAGCUAUAUGACGGCAGUCUGUAAAUAAUCGAGUCUGGACCAGACAAUCCAGUGAUUAAUAUUAUGAGCAUCGAUCCACGCAAUUGGAAUCGAUGACAUGCAUCAACCAAGUCAGGGAGUCUGACCACCCGAUCCCGUUAGUCGCCUUUUACGACAAGCAUAGUCGCCUUUUACGGCAAGCAUGGGUCGCUGAAGAUCUAUUCUACUUUGGAUCUACACGGGUCCAGUUAGAAGAGACUAGAUAUAGGUAGGUUUGCAUUAUUUGAUGUAUGCUAUUUUCAUAGACCUAUGAUUCGUAUAAAUGAAGCUCGAAAAGCUGUUUGCCAGCAUUUCCAACACUGAGGACAAGUUGAAGAGUGUAACCACCUUGUUGACACAAGACCAUGGUCUGACUUAAGUGGGUAGCUUAGCCAGGUAGAACAAGAGACUACAAUAUACACACAUUUAGUUGUAUUUACAUGAACAUCACAUCUAUAAGUAGCUGACAAAUGUACACACGACCUGCCAGGGACUGAGAUGUUCCUCGGAAGGCAAGAACAAGUCUGGGUAAGCUGACCAGGAACAACAUGACUAGGUUGUGUGGACCACCCAUAUAGGAGAUUACCAUGUAGAGUGCUGCCAAGGGUGCUGCCUGGAUUUAUGGAAUGCAGAGGUAGUCAUGUGGUGCAGACAAUGAUAUUGUAGGGUAAUGUUUGCAGUUGGAUUAUUGGGAUUAAGGCUAGUUAACAUUGAUACUUCGACAUCCCAAUUUGAGUCAUAGCUUACAUGGCAUAUAGACUGAACAUUUUUGUCAAUAGAGAUAAUUUUUUUAAUGUUUUGGUUUAUGUAACUAAGUGGUUUUUUAAAACAUUUUGGUCAUUACUGUAUGUAUUAAUGCCACACAUUUUUAAUGUUAUGUUUCAUGGUUGUAUCCCAGCUUUGCCACACACAGUUGGUGGAAAUAAAAAUAAAUGUCCAUUAUUAUUUAUUUAUAUGAAAAUUAUUCUGCUGCUGAUUUGAAUGUGGCCUCUUGCAUUACAGAUAGGGAUGUAUACAUGGAGUUUAUACAUGACAUUUUGUAUUAUAUUAGACCAUCUAUAUGAAUAAUAAAAUAUCCUAAGUUAAGUUUUAUGAAUAACUACCAUGAAAGGUAUUCUAACACAUAUAAUAUACUACUCCAUGCUUGAUAGGGGUAGUCAAAUAUGUCAUUCUAUAGACAUACACACUUGACAUAUAAGGAGAAUCAGACUCUCUAUCACAGUGGAGUAGUGGUUGACCAGGCAUCACUGCAAAUGCCUAUGAUACAAGUAUAUCCAUGGGGUGUACUAACAUACUGUGUUCAGGCUUUGGUUCUGGAUGAAGAUACAAAUGUCAUAACUUGUCAUAUUUUGAUGUAAAUAAAUUGUUUACUAACUUU